GCCCCGGGGACCGCCUCUCCCGCCGGCCACUGCCUCUGCUGACCCGGGGCUGCCCUCCUUGCUCUGGGUCCUGCAGCUUGGACUGAGUCCUCCAUCUCCGCGGGGCUAGCGAGAGGCCGGGCCGGGCCGUGGGGCCCUUCCUCCCGUCACUGGGCUCCAGUCCUUCCUCAUUUUGCCGCUGAUUCUAGCCCCAAACAAAACAGGUUGAGCCCCUUUCCUCCCUUCGGCAGCCUCUGGCUUACGGCAGCCUUCGGAGGCGCUGCAGACGGCGCCGCCGGCCGGGGAGGGGGGCCCGGGCCAGCCCUGCCGGGACUGGAACGGUGCGCCUGGCUCCUGGCCCUCGUUCAGCCCUGACCGCGGCAGGAGAGCGAGCUUUGCUGUGGCGGUUGCCUGAGGAUGAUGCCUCAGCUUCAGUUCAAAGAUGCCUUUUGGUGCAGGGACUUCACCGCCCACACGGGCUACGAAGUGUUGCUGCAGCGGCUGCUGGAUGGCAGGAAGAUGUGCAAGGACGUGGAGGAGCUGCUGAGACAGAGGGCCCAGGCAGAGGAGCGGUACGGAAAGGAACUGGUGCAGAUCGCCCGCAAGGCAGGCGGCCAGACGGAGAUCAACUCCCUGAGGGCCUCCUUUGACUCUCUCAAGCAGCAAAUGGAGAAUGUGGGCAGCUCCCACAUCCAGCUGGCCCUGGCCCUGCGUGAGGAGCUGCGGAGCCUGGAGGAGUUCCGUGAGAGGCAGAAGGAGCAGAGGAAGAAGUACGAGGCUGUCAUGGACCGUGUCCAGAAGAGCAAGCUGUCGCUGCACAAGAAGGCCAUGGAGUCCAAGAAGACGUAUGAGCAGAAGUGCCGGGAUGCAGACGAUGCUGAACAGGCCUUUGAGCGCAUUAGCACCAACGGUCAGCAGAAGCAGGUGGAGAAGAGCCAGAACAAAGCCAAGCAGUGCAAGGACUCAGCCAUGGAGGCAGAGCGGGUGUACAGGCAGAACAUCGAGCAGUUGGAGAAGGUGCGGAGCGAGUGGGAGCAGGAGCACCGGGCCACCUGCGAGGCCUUCCAGCUGCAGGAGUUUGACCGGCUGACCAUCCUCCGCAACUCCCUCUGGGUGCACUGCAACCAGCUCUCCAUGCAGUGCGUCAAGGACGAUGAGCUCUAUGAAGAGGUGCGGGUGACGCUGGAAGGCUGCAGCGUGGACGCCGACAUUGACGGCUUCAUCCAGGCCAAGAGCACGGGCACCGAGCCCCCAGCGCCGGUGCCUUACCAGAACUACUACGAUCGGGAGGUGGCCCCAUUGUCCAGCAGCCCUGGCAUCCAGCCGUCCUGUGGUAUGAUAAAGAGGUUUUCUGGGCUGCUGCACGGAAGUCCCAAGACCACACUGUCAGCGGCUUCUGCGGCCUCCACAGAGACCCUGACUCCUAUCCCUGACCGGAAUGAGAGUGUCUAUGCUGCCAUCGCCGUGCAAGAGGCGCCAGGGCCCCCCACCAAGCCAGGCCAGGACUAUAGGGCGCUCUAUGACUACACGGCCCAGAACUCCGACGAGCUGAACAUCUCUGCAGGGGAUAUCCUGGAGGUCAUCCUGGAAGGGGAAGAUGGCUGGUGGACGGUACAACGGAAUGGGCAGCGUGGUUUUGUCCCUGGCUCCUACCUGGAGAAGAUUUAAGGAAGAGACAGUAGCCCCUACCUGGACCUGUCCUGUCCGUGGGGCCAGCCGUGACCCCACCACCGCUCUGGCCUUGCAGGGGGGCCUCAGACAGAGCCUGCCCUCAGAGAAGGUGCCAGCUGCUCCCUAGCAGUCCUUCCCACAGGGAAUAAAGGAGUGCUCUUUUUCCUCCUGG